AUGCCUGAACCACCGGGCACACCGGGCACUGCGACCAUGCAAGCUGGCCGCGCCAUCCCCGUUGGCCUCAACGAAGCCGCUCUCGACUCCCCGACCUUUCGAGUAACCGCCACCACCUUUGGUGAGCAGGUCGAUGCCAUCGAACGAUGGCUCAACGGCUACGUCCAGUCCACCUCGAAGCUCCUGCACGACUUCCUCGCCCUCGAAGAGACCGUCAACACCUACAUCGUCAAGAUGAUGCCCUCGGCCGCCGACGGCGUUGUUGACAACGACUAUACCUUUCUGGCCCUCAAGAGGGUCGGUGAUGGCUGGCGCGAAUACUGGAUUCAAAUGCUGAGCACUAUGAAGAAGAUGGAUGGCUCUAUCGUCGAUCCCAUCCGGCAGUUCAUUGUUGGCGACCUGAGGAACUUCAAGGAGUGCAGGAGAGCUAUGGAACAAGCGCAGCGAACCUUUGACACCACUUUGGCCCGCUACGUUAGUCAGUCAAAGACAAAAGAACCUUCAGCUCUCCGCGAAGACGCCUUUGCCGUGUUCGAGACCCGAAAGCUAUACCUGAAGGCGUCCAUGGACUACUGCCAGCUUGCUCCCCAGCUACGCUUCAGCAUGGACAAGCUACUUGUCAGGAUCUGCAGUGAGAGAUGGAAGGAGCUGAAGCGCACUAGAGAGGCGGUUGGCAACGCCUUUCGGUGGAAUCACGAGAUGGAACGAAUCCAGGGCUGGUCGAAUGAGAUGGGAGCUUCAGAGAUGGUUUUCAGACGUGAACUACAAUCGGCCAGGCGAGAUCUUGCAGAGGGCGCGCUCGCAGGAUUUAAGCCGUCCCGCGAGCUCGAAGACUACAGCACCUCGACUGUCCCCUUUCUCGGCACCCGUGGUCCCGUCACCCUGCGCCUCAAGGAGGGUGUCCCUGUCAUCUCGGAGAAGCAAGGCUGGCUGUUCCUCCGCGCACUCUCUGGCAAACCCGCAAGACAUACGUGGAUCAGGAGGUGGUACUACUGCCGCGAUGGUAUCUUUGGCUGGCUUAUCCCAGGUCCGCUGGGAGUUCUCCAGGGCGAUGAGAUUGGAGUUUUGCUUUGUAACGCAAAGCCGGCGGUGGCCGAGGAUCGACGUUUCUGCUUCGAGGUCAAGACAAAGAGCCAGACGAUACUCCUUCAAGCCGAGACACAAGGCGAACUCACGGAGUGGCUGGAGGUUUUUGAGGUGACCAAAAAGAACGCCUUCGAGACAAGCAUGAACAGAAACAACGCUACCCUCCCUGGUGCUGUUGAUCCCGCCUUUUCCAUUACACCGCCAAGCAUCCCAGAAUUCUCAGCCAAGACACUCGAUGCACAGAUUGGUAUCUACGACGAAUCUGGGAGUGGGUUCGAGCGAACAAGUACGCUGCCAGUUCCUGGGACAGAUGGUAACCUCAGCACGAGGCAGAGCUUUGAUGUUAAUGGCAGCUUGUCUCGCCGAUCCAUCACGGCCCUGGGAAGAGACUUGGCACGAGAGGAGGGUGAAAGUGGCCGUGAACAUGCAGCCAGGAUUAUCCAAAAGCUUGAUCUUCACCGCAAGGCCACAUUUGGUAGUCAAGCAGGUUCUGAGGCUGCCCAGGGAAGUAGCCUAGGAUCUCCUGGACUUUCAAACAUGUCCACCAGCCACACUCUUCUACCCGGAUACUCAAAUGCUCCAGCAAGCUCUUCCACCUUCAGACAAACGCCUAGCAUGCUGCCAUCGGUCGACACCCAAUCUGGCACUCUGGCUCCAGCUACUCUAGCUAAGCCUCCCUCGAUGACAGGCUUGAGUCGCAUUGCCGUAUUGGCUGCGGGAGAGCGUCGCCCUGUGGGGAGCAAUAGGAAGCUCCCAGCUUCCGUCAUUGCCAACUACUGGGGAACUAGUCUUUGGGGUGCCAUGAACACGCCGACCCAACCCGUUCUACCUAGGCUUGAUGAAGACGACCCUAUUGGAGUUGUGGUUCCCGGAAGUUCACAGGCUAGUCUUGGCAAGGGCAUCUCGCGGAAACAGACUGGUGAGCUGUUCCCACGCAACUAUCCCCCUGAGUUGAGGGCCCAGCAUGCGCAAUUUCGUUUGCUGUUCCCGGAUGCGCCUUUGGAGGAGAAACUUGUGCUCGUCUUCCGAGCGGCCUGGACUGGCUCCCCUGAGCGUGGACCUGGCAAACCAGACAUGGCUGGAGAUGGCCGUAUCUAUGUCACACCUGACAACAUGUACUUUUACGGACAGCAAAUAGGCCUCGUCACAGCCUACAGCAUCAGCCUUGAUAUCAUUGCCGAGGUGACGGCUGCUCCAGGAAAGGACUGCGAUUUCAUCUUCUUGCAUCUGGGCGAUGAUUCCAACGACACUGGGUAUACUAGGAUCACUAUCAAGGUUUUCUUGGAAGAGUUGGGUCUUCUCCACACCCGUCUGAACCUGUUGAUCGACGACCUUCAGGCUGAGGAACCCAUGGACGUUGAGGAAACCAUUACUGCGUUGAUCAAUCUUGAGAAGGAAGAGUUUGAGCGACCAAGCCCCAGCGUUGAGAGCUGGGAAGAAGUUUCCGCCAAUACACCGAUGGACGAUGGAACCUGGCUAGGAAGACCGGUAAACAGGCGAAAUGACUUCAGCUCCCAUAUGCGCGCCUCGAAAUCAAGGGCCAGACAGAUACACAAGCUUCACCUACCGGUUCGACCAGUUAUUUACGAGCCAGAAGGUAUGAAGGAGAUGGCAGCCGAGCGCAACUUUGAGAUCAGCGCAAAGUCGUGUUUCCAUGUUCUAUUUGGCGACAAGAGCUUUGUGUUCCCGAAGCUUUACUUUGAGCGACGUGCUCAGCAGAUUGCCCAGGGCCCAUGGGUACUAGUUGACCAGGGAAGGAUGAGACGGGACUUCCAGUUCAAGGUCGACUACAAGGAUGUCCUGGGCCGAUCAAAGGAGGCCGAGGUCAACGACUAUCAGAUCAUUGACGUAUUCAGUGACCAUGUCACAUACGUGGUGACACACGUCAAAACGGCGUGGCAUCUACCUCACUCAAGCUGGUUCAAGGUCAUCACCAAGAUCGUCAUCACACAUGUGGCCAAAUCCAAGUGCAAGCUUGCCAUCUACACCAAGAUUGACUGGUCCAAGCUUCCGGCUCUGUCAAAGAAUCUGGUGGAGCGUCAAGCGCUUCGCGAUGCCGCAAGUGAUGCUGAAGAGCUUGCCGAAGUUGCCACAGACCAGGUCCGCAAACUCGGACCUCGAAGUCGGACGAACAGAGCAAUCCAAGUGUAUGGACAGAUCGGCCAACAGACAGAGGUGGUGGUCUUCAGACCCGGUGCGACGGACUCAGCUAAGAAGCAGGUCAUCAAACCACGAACGUUGACCACCAUGAUAUUCGAGACAGUUCGAUCUCUGGGCGAGAGCGCAGUAUCAUCAGUUAUCAUGGGUGCUAUUGCGAUUCUACGCAAGGCGUUUAAUAUUAUCACGGCUCAGUGGAUCAUCCUCGCUUUGCUUGGAUUCAGCACACUCACCAAUGUGCUUCUGACAUCGAGCGAGGUGACAACGUGGUGGGGUGAACGGAGGGCAGCCGGAUUCAUGCAACGUAUUGGAAUUCGACCAAACCUGAUGAUGAGCAAGGCUAUUUACAUUGCCGAUUUGGAUGAGGCGUCAGGGGCUGGCCAGACAUUGUCAUUCCCGGAAAACAGCACAUGCUUUACUACAUUCAAAGACCUAUUGGAUGCCGCGGAUAUGGACAUGCCAUGGGAGGAUGCCGGAGCCAGCUUAUCAACAGCCACAAGCCAAGCCACAGCACGCCGACUACGACGAACGCGACAGCGACUGGGUUCAUACCGACAUGAUUUGUUGGUGGCGAUGCGAGUUGUCAACAGCAUUGAGCGGGAGAUGCUCCAGUCGGAGUGGGAGAACUGGCUGGUGGAUGAAAAGUCGCUGUGCGAUGAGCUGGACAUUAUGCUCCAGACGGAUGAUCGCAGCAAGAAGCAGAAGAAGGGAUCAGAAUCACAAAAGGUGAUGGAGCAGACAACGGCGAAGCGAAGACAAGCACUUGAGCAAUGGCGCGACAGCUAUUGCGGGAGCUGUAGGAAAGAUUACCAGGUUGUGAUGCGGGAGCGGAGGUUGUCAACAUCCGAGCCCGUACCGAAACCUCCUACAUACCAACAACGCACCACUAUCAAAACCAUGGCGAGCCAUCACGAACCGCUCGCGGCCAUGGGUCCUGUCGACUGGGAUCAGGUGCCCCAAGAUGACCUCAAAGAUUUCCUCGCCGACAUAUUUUCCGAAACACAGACCGUUAUCGAAUCGAUCCCAGCUCCGGCUACGAGAGCUGCCCCAAGUGGCGGAGGGCGGGCUCGCUCAAAGACCGAAUCGGCCGCCUCGGGCCCCGAUAUCCAACGAGCACUAUCGCAAAGACAGAAGGCUUCGGCCAUCACCCAGGCUCAGGACCUGCGAAAGGAGUGGAAAGAAGUGAAAGUUAAUGCCAAGGAGAAUCCUCUUGGUAUUAAUGUCUACAAGCUGGCUUCUAAAGAUGGGCGCGGGGCCUGGUUUGCGCGACGAAGCGUUCACGAGGGCCUGUCGUUCGACGACUGGAAGACAGGCCUUUCUGUUGAGUUUGCCGAGACGAUGAAGAUACAGGGAUCACCAGGAAGUGGCAACAUCCGUGGUAUCGGGGCCGAUAAACGUGUCGAGGACAAGGACAUCGAUGAUGCUAGUAGACUGCAGGUCUUUCAACUUUCCGCCCAGUUUCCGGGUCCGACUGCUCCGCGAGACUUUGUUACUCUGCUCUUAACAUCCGAGACCUCCGUUAAGCUCGCUGAUGGUUCUCGUCCGUUGAGGCAGUUUAUGAUUGUAUCCAAGCCUUGCCAUCAUCCAGAAUCACCUCCCCGCCAGGGCAUUAUCCGUGGCUACUACGAAUCGGUUGAAGUUAUCCGCGAGGUCCCCAUUGACAACUAUGCUUCCAGGAGAUCUUUGUCGUCAGCAGACCUAUUGACCCGGGACGAGCCCAGGAGGCCGAGUCCAAAUAGCGAAGGCCAUGGUUCAGCGCCCACCGACGACUUCCCUACAGCUAUCGAGUGGCUCAUGGUGACCCGAAGCGAUCCCGGUGGCAGCGUACCACGUUUCCUCAUCGAGAAGGGAACGCCGCCUGGCAUCGUUGGUGAUGCUGGCAAGUUCCUCAAAUGGGUGACGUCCAAGGCGAUGCAAGGCUUUCCAGAUCCCAACGCGGUCGUCGAACCACAAGAGACUGAGCUGCCUGUGUUGGAUAAGGAAAAGUCAGCAAAUAUUCCGAACAUUCCUACGGCUAAUGUUGACCCUGUUGAUGAGCACCCGAGCCAAGAUGAAAUGAUGCCGAGUAGUAACGGACUCUACGGCAUGUUAGCUGGUGCUAUCGGCGCCGCGAGCUCAUAUCUCCCUACUGGACUACUGAAGACAUGGGGAACCGGAUCGGACAUGGCCUCUACCGAUGAGAGCACCUAUGAAGCUCAGCAAAUCGAGAAAGAACAUCACGACGAUGAAAGUGACACUUCGUCCAUUCGAAGCUUUGCAUCCGCCUUGGAGAGGAGCGUAACUGCAGAGAACAAAUCCCCAGACAGUAUCACCGAGUCGCAAUCCGAGACAUCCCGUUCGAACCAAGCACAGACACAGGGCGACAAGGAGCUUAAGAAGCUUGAGCAGCGAAGAAAGAAGCUAGACGAGAAGGUUGCCCGUCUCCACGAGCGCCGGCAGAGCAAGCUGCAAGGCGAGAAAGAGAAGGACGCUGCCACGCUGGCCAAGAUGCGGGAGAAGCACGACAAGGAGGUAGCCAAGCAAGAGGAAAAGUAUCGUCGCGAGAUCAAGAAGCUCGAGGAGAAGCGUGAGGCGGAGCAACGCAAAGCUGAGGAACGCCGACGCAAGGCUCUGGAGCGGGAGGAGAAGAACAAUCUCUCCCUCGAGCUGGAGCGAGUUCGUGCUGAGCGAGAUCUUGCACGUCGUCAGAUUGAUCUCCUUGAGAGUCAGGUUGGCGAACUCCAAGCUCAGAAUACAAUGCUGGUCCGCAAGCUGGGUAAGAUGGGGCUGGUGGACAGGUCCGACUCUACGGCGUCACUCAAGAGUCUCAAGAGAGCUGGAACGGGCAUCGAGACACCCUAGAAGGAAUCGGAGAAGGAUGAGGCAACACUUGAAUGUACACUAUAGCGUAACGGCCAGAUUGGUUUACUGCGAGGCGUUGUGGAUAGGCGGGAUCAUUGUGAAGCAAGAUAACAUGAAUUCACGACUUGUUUAUUUUUCUUUCU